AAGAAACAUCACUUUAUUUGUUUACCGUGAAAAAAAUGUUUGGAUAAUGCAAAACGGUUUUGCAGUUAUGCUCGCGAUUUUAUGCGAAUUUUUUACAGUAUUUUUAAUUUGAAAGUAUUAUUAUUCGACACAAAUAUGGAGAAGGGCCGCUUUUCGUUGCUACUGUUGGAACCGGGAGAAAUAUAUUUCGAAGAUUUUAGCGUGAUUUUGAUACCGUCCGACACGACUUGCAAAAAUUACGAUUGUAAAAAACAGGAAGGCCGAUUGAAAAUGUGUUCGAAAUCUUUGGUUUUUGACCCCAGGGAUAUUACCAAGGCCAUAAUAAAGAUACCGCUGAAGGAGUGCGUCGUGAUCGAACAAUUUAAGGGUCUCGCGAAGUUUAUCACGAGCAAAAACGUACUCAACGUCAACUGCAAAGAGUAUCUGGAGAUGCUCGAGGGCAACAUUAUCGCGCCCUACAAGUUUAAAGGGUCGGCGAAUUUUCUGUUUUUGUUGAAUUACGCGAGCAUUUCCGAUUGUUUGCAUCAGAUUUCGCAACUUUGCAGGGCAUGCACCCUGCCGCCGGGCGAACAAGCCGAUAUGAUCGCCGCGAUCGUGCAUUCGAGACAGUCGAGGGUCAGUUUCGACCCGCUGUGGCUGGACCUGUAUGAAAAAGUCGUGAUUGAACUCCAGGCUAACAAAAUUUGCCCGCUCGUUAUCAACCCCGGGAGGAUCGUGUUGUCUACAAUGAGGUUAUAUUUUCAGCCUUACAACAACGUCGAAAUGUGCCCAGUGGUGAAGAUCGAUCUUAAUGCUGUUCGGCAAAUAGUUAAAAGGCGAUUUCUGCUCAGACAUAUUGGUUUGGAAGUGUACUGUAACGAGAACAGCUCGAACUCACACAUCUAUCUCUCGUUUCGAAACCAAACGGAUAGGGAUAAUUUUUUCGCCACUAUAAUGGAUCAGCCCGAGCUGAGACUCAAUCGGCUGGAGCAGGACGUCAUAACGUUGCAAUGGCAAAAUGGCAUCAUCUCAAAUUUUGAUUAUUUAUUGUACAUCAACAGUUUGGGCGACAGAACGGUCAACGAUCUGACUCAGUAUCCGGUUUUCCCGUGGGUCCUGUCCAACUACCUCUCGGACAAGCUCGACUUGUCCGAUCCGCUAAACUACCGCGACUUGUCGAAACCCGUGGGCGCUUUGAACCCGGACAGGUUGCGCCGUCUGAUGGAGCGCUACCACGAAAUGCCGCACCCGAAGUUCAUCUACGGUUCCCAUUAUUCUACCCCCGGCUUCGUGCUCUAUUACCUCGCCCGUCUCUAUCCGCACUACGUAUUGUGUCUGCAGAGCGGCCGGUUCGACCAUCCCGACCGCAUGUUCAACUCGGUCGCGGACGCGUACAAGAACUGCGUCAGCAACAUGUCCGAUUUCAAGGAGCUGAUCCCGGAGUUUUACGACGUCUCGACCGGCGGGACAUUCCUGACCAACAGUUUGGGGAUAGAUUUCGGUCGGAGGCACAACGACGUGAAAGUCGGCGACGUCGAGUUGCCCCCGUGGGCCGACGGCCCCGCCCACUUCGUCGAGACGCUGCGAGACGCCCUCGAAAGUGACGUCGUGUCCGACGGACUCCACCGGUGGAUCGAUUUGAUCUUCGGGUACAGGCAGCAAGGGGAAGAGGCGGUCAACUCCAACAACGUGUUCUACCACCUCUGCUACGAGGGCAACGUAGACCUUGAGGGGGUGCGCGACUUGAACCGGAGACAUGCCCUCGAGGUGCAAAUAAUGGAGUUCGGCCAGAUACCGAAGCAAGUGUUUAAAGUGCCGCACCCCAAACGAAAAAUCGGACCUCCGAUACUGACGGAGCCCUACGAGAUCGGGGAUCCGACGGCGGGAGCGGCGGGCCGAUGGAGGCGGGCCCGCGGCCUCGAACUGUACGCCAGCUUCAACAGCCACAAGGGGGCGGUCAAUUUUUUGUUCGUGAGCGAGGACGGCGAGCGAGUCACCUCCGUCGGCCACGACGCGAAACUGAAAAUCUUUUCGAUCGCGCAAAAGAAGCAGACGCGGAGCGCCAGCGUCGGCACCGCGCCCCUCAGCAGCUGCGUCCCGAUGCUCGACGUCGGGGUCCUCGCGAUCGGCACCUGGGACAAUCAGAUACUGUUUUACGACCUGGACUACGGAAAAGUGACCGACAACAUAUUGGCCCACGAGGACGCCAUCACGUGCAUGACUUUCGGGGCGAGUGCGCGUCUCUUGGCCUCCGGCAGUAGCGACUGUACGGUAAAAAUAUGGCGCGGCUCGAACGGCAGGGGGUUCCUCAAAUCGUUCCGCACCUUGGACCACAAUUCCCAAGUGACUUGCUUCUGUUUUGACGCGGAGGACAAACAUCUGGCGGUGGGCACCCAGGACGGCGAAAUCUACGUGUGGGAGACGGACAGGUUCGACACGUUCGAGCGUCACGACGUGUCCGCGUCGAAAAUCAACGCUCUCGUUUACGGUCCCGACGGGCAAAAGUUGGCGGUCGGCGCCCGAGACGGGACGUUCAAAAUACUCGAAGUGAACACCGGGAUGUCCGUACUGUCCAAAUCGCUGGCUUCGCCGGUCACCGCUCUGUGCUGGAGGGAGAAUCUGCUCGCGUUGGGCUGCGAGGACGGCACGUUGCACGUGUGGGACAUGUUUGAGGUUAGGUUGCUGUUGGACGCGGCCGCGCAUUCGGGUAGCGUCAACACGGUGGAAAUAUCGAGAGACGGUGACGUCAUCGCGACCGGUAGCGCCGACCGGAUCGUCAAAAUUUGGAAGGCGGAAGGCGCGGUAUUCGACCGGUAAUUUUGACAAAUCGAACGAGGCGACGUUUUUA